CCCACAGAAACAUGGAUCGUUUAUUACGUUUGGGAGGUGCUAUGCCGCAAGCGGCUCCACCAACUGAUGCUCCAGUUGUCGAUACUGCCGAACAGGUCUACAUUUCCUCGCUGGCCUUGUUGAAAAUGUUAAAGCAUGGUCGUGCUGGUGUCCCUAUGGAAGUUAUGGGUCUGAUGUUGGGUGAAUUUGUCGAUGAUUAUACAGUGCAGGUAAUCGAUGUAUUCGCUAUGCCACAAACGGGUACCGGUGUUUCGGUCGAAGCUGUUGAUCCUGUGUUCCAAGCGAAAAUGUUGGAUAUGUUAAAGCAGACUGGUCGCCCAGAAAUGGUUGUCGGUUGGUAUCAUUCACAUCCUGGUUUUGGUUGUUGGUUGUCGGGUGUCGAUAUCAAUACACAACAGUCAUUUGAAGCUCUGUCCGAGAGGGCUGUAGCUGUUGUCGUUGAUCCCAUUCAAUCGGUUAAGGGUAAAGUUGUCAUCGAUGCCUUCCGUCUCAUUAAUCCCAAUAUGUUGGUUUUGGGCCAGGAGCCCAGACAGACCACCUCAAAUUUGGGCCAUUUACAAAAACCCUCCGUACAAGCACUGAUACAUGGCCUCAAUCGUCAUUAUUAUUCGAUCAGCAUUAAUUAUCGUAAAAAUGAAUUGGAACAGAAAAUGUUACUCAACUUACACAAGAAAUCCUGGAAGGAUGGUUUAACUCUGGAGGAUUACAAUGAACAUAGUUCGAUUAAUGAGAGUACAGUACAAGAAAUGUUAGAAUUAGCCAAAAAUUAUAACAAGUCUCUGGAAGAUGAAGAAAAAAUGACACCCGAACAGUUGGCCAUUAAAAACGUUGGCAAACAAGAUCCCAAACGCCAUUUGGAAGAGAAAGUGGAUAAGGUUAUGCAAAAUAAUAUUGUCCAGUGUCUGGGUGCUAUGUUGGAUACCAUCGUUUUCAAAUGAAUCCUUU